GUUUAUGCAUACGAGGUGCUUCAGUUUUAGGAGCUCCAUUAUUGGGACUUGGCAGCCGGAGAGAUGGACCCGGCACAAACAGAGAUGAGCAGCAGAAAUAGAAGAUGGUCCCUCCAGGGAAUGACCGCUCUCGUCACCGGUGGAACUCGAGGCAUAGGGCAUGCGAUCGUAGAAGAAUUAGCAGCAUUCGGGGCAACAGUUCAUACGUGUUCUCGAAACCAGAAGGAACUGGAUGAGAUGUUACAAGUAUGGAAAAGCAAAGGCUUUAAAGUGAGUGGAUCCGUCUGUGACGUGUCAUCGCGACCUCAGCGGACUCAGCUCAUGGACACCGUCUCCUCCCUCUUCGACGGCAAGCUGAACAUCCUUGUAAACAAUGCUGGUACGGUUAUAUCUAAGAGAACCGAAGAAUAUACGGUUGAAGAUGUCUCAAUCAUAAUGGGUACCAAUUUUGAAUCUGCUUAUCAUCUGUCUCAACUUGGAUAUCCCCUCUUGAAAGCAUCUGGCAGGGGAAGCAUAGUAUUUAUCUCCUCUGUUGCUGGCGUCGUGGCCUUGCCUAUUAUUUCUAUCUAUGCUGCUUCUAAAGGGGCAAUGAAUCAAGUCACAAAAAAUUUAGCGUGUGAGUGGGCAGAGGAUAAUAUACGAGUUAAUACAAUUGCACCUUGGGUUAUUAACACCUCACUCGUCGAUAAAGCAAAAGAUGAUCCUUCCUCAGAAGAAAAGCUAAAGCGCAUAAUCUCUCGAACUCCUAUUUGCCGCAUGGGAGAGCCUGAUGAGGUUUCAUCAUUGGUGGCAUUCCUUUGCUUCCCUGCUGCUUCAUAUAUCACUGGACAAGUGAUAUGUGUUGAUGGUGGAUAUUCAGUGACUGGCUUCUAGUUCUACCCUACAUGCUCAAAACUAUAAUUGAAUAAGGUCUCCAGAAAGAUAUUUGGAGCUAGUUGUUGCUAUUGCGAUCCAUUAUAACUUUCUAUCAAUAUAAUAUAAUAUAUAUAUAGCAUUAAUAA